UUGUAACGUAAAUAAUAGUUGUAACUGUCAUUUGGUUCACGCGGUGCGCAGCUGAGCGGACGUAGCUAGCGGACGUAGCGUCGCGGGGAGACACGCGAGAUCCCGUCGUCCCCGUCGUGCUGUUGAUCCCGACGUGAGCACUCGGGGCUCGAAGUGACGCGCACAACCGCGUCAUAACCUGUACACGAGCGUCUCGUUGUCGGACGGACGGACGCUAGGGCGACUAGCCUGAGCGCGUUCAGGCGGGAUAGACGCGCGUGUCCCCGGGCGUGUCCGUUGAACGCACGACGACCACCGAGCGCGCGCACGGAACCGCGCUCGGUAUGAGAGGCCGCGAGAGGUGCGAGAGAAUGUAUCGUCGUAGACAGCUACCACUAGUAUGGAAUACGAUUCGGAAUCCAGCUGCGAGGGCCGUUGUCUGAGAGACCUGGUGAAUCCGGACUCGCCGCCGCCGCCGCCGCCGCCGGCGCGCGAAAGAUGCGACCGACGAGACUCGCCGCCGCCGCCGCCGCCGCUGUCGUCGAUCGAGCCGUUCAAGUUCAGGUCGAGCCACGGCAAGAAGAGCCUCUCCGCCCAGGUGAUGGAGUAUUACCGCAAGUAUUCCCGCGACCCCAGUCUCGAUCAGUAUUUCUCGCUGCCUGCGCCGAACGCCCCGCAGGAGGCCAUUAAGUAUUAUUACAGCGUGUACGAGUUGAGCGCCCAGGUGGGUGGCUCGUCCAGCAGGCAGGACUGCGUCGGGGAGGAGUACAAUCUCAAGUCCUAUGUGCCGAGGGAGAGGCGUAGGUGGGUGAGGCCCCCGUUGAUCGGGCAGUCCUCGAACGCCGCGGACGCCACGUCCAGGGCGUACGUUCAACCGUUGACAGACGGCGUUCAGACGCCGUCGCCCGAUCUCAAGCACACCACGCCGGAGACGAUACACGAGGAGAGCAACGAGAGCCAGGACAAGUUCUCGGAGGCGAACGAGAGAAAGCUGUCCUCCCCGACGUCCAGCGUGGCGUCCCACAAGCCGCUUGAGUGGGACAGCGGCGCGGACGUCGGUUACUUCAAUUCGCACGCUCACAAUAAGCAAGAGGACAAGAAGCUGAGCACCAUAGAACGUAUGGCUCUGGCGCGAGGAUGCUCCGCCGCCUUACGGUUAGACCCGGAGGGCACCACCGAAUCAGGGAUGCAGUCCGGGAAGAACGCGGCCGCGCAAGGCGGCUCGAAAUCCUCGACGGCCCCGGACGCGAAUUCCACGCCGUUGAUCGGGAACGUGUCGGGAUCGGAGAGCGAGAUGGAGAUCACGCCUAUCGUGAAGAAUCACCUGCCGGGCAUUAUAACGGGAGAUGACAUCAAGUCGCAGGAGAGAUGCGACGCCGCGCAACCGAGAGCCGUGGUGCGGUCCACCAGACUCGAGAUACGCGACACCCCCACGUCGUCGUCGUCGUCGUCCGCGUUCAAGGUGCCGUCGUCGGUGAAGUGCUCGACGGUGGAGAGGAGGACCGUGAGCAAACGCAAGGAGGUCGCACGCCCGUCGAGCUCGCCGUUGACGAAGAGCAUCUCGAUGAACGUGUUGCCCGCGCUGUCGGCGAAAUCCUCGUUGAAGAGAAGCCAGAGCGAGGUGAAUUUACACGCCAAGGAGAGGAGAACCGUGUUUCCCCUGAUCUUCGACUCCACGUCCUCCAUCGCUACCGUGGUGAACAGGCCCGCCACGUGCGACAAGGUGAUACAAACGAGUCCGGACGUGUGCACGCAGGAGUCCGUCGGCGUGCAGGUUUCGGAUCUCGAGGAAAACAAGCCGCCGCCGUCGGCGGCGAAGGACCCCAAUUCGCAGACGAUACAUUCUAUUUUGAAGAGGUCCAAGGGCACGUACAAGGUGAAGAAUCCAAGGAAGAGCGACGCUCCGCGUACGGCGGUCGACGCCGAGGUCGGCGCGGACGCGAAGGACAGCCAGCGACGUCGAAACAGCUCGGAUGUGUCGCAGAACGACGCGUCGACCUCGGCGACGCCGCAGCCCGACGAGACGGAGAACGUGUCCGGGAGGGCCAACAGUUUCGAGUACUUCCCGGGGCACACCUACGCGAACGUGCCGAACGGGAGGGACAGCCACGUCUCGUCGGACACCGGUAGAUCGAACUCGACCUUACCGAACAGCAGCUCCAGCGUCAACGACAAGCUCUGGGGCGACUCGGACAGCCUGGUCCGCGAUCUCGAGCGAAGCGUCAACAUCUUGAAGAGCCUCGUCGACGCCAACAAAUGCGACAAGCAGAUCAAGAAGCGGCUGAUCCAGCACGUGAUCAAGCGGCUCGUAACCGCGAAGUACACGGACGACAAGAUCGAGCACAACUUGGAGGACAACGUCCCCUGGAAUCCGGACGACGCCAGGAACAAGGUGUACCGCGCCGAGCUGCUGCAGGCCCUGGCGAACAAGCACAGCACCACCGAGUCCUCGGACGAGUGGAACCUGCGGAAGAAGGACGCGUCCAUGCAGAAGUCGAUCGGGACUACCAGCGACGUCAUAAAGGAGGUCGCGUUGGAGAGCAGCAACAGCGACAAGUUCGACCGGCAUACGGAUAGAACGGAAAUGGACGGCAGGAAGGCGCGACUGGGACUGAGGACGGACGACUGUCAGCAGACCAGCAACACGCCGACGGAUCCCGAUAAGAGCGAGAGCUCCGAGUGCUUCGUGCCUCAGCGCAAUCACAAGAACGCCAAGGUGAACGACAUAUUUUGCUUCAAGGAGAACUGCAAACUGCCGCACCGAGAAUCGACUACGACGAACAGUAUACCACCGGAUCACAACAGGAUCCUGCUGGACGCCGUCGUGAAUAACAGAAGAACCCCGGUCGAGUCGAACAACAACACGGAUAACAAUACUGACUGGAGGUUACCGACGACGUCGUCCGAGAGGCAGUUCGAAUUGAAGAAGUGCAGCAUGUCCGAAUCCGGCGAUUCCAAGCUCGUCAAUUACGCCGAGAUGGAGAAGAGAAAUCAGCUGAUUUGGAUCACGAACGAGAUCAGCCAUCUCUGUAACUUGAAGAAAUUGCUCGAACAGCCCAGGCGACUGGAGAGACCGAAAUCCUCGCCGAGAAAAUCGAAAUCGGCGAAUCUCAAGUCAAAGCAAGCAGCGAUACUUAGGCGGGAGCAACACGCGGACGCCAUACACAGGAGCGUGUCCGAUUUACAAGAGGAUUCCGUGAACGAGCCGUGGUCGUCUCACUGCAACUUGGCGGCGUGCGAGGCUGCCGGCGACGGUAUGGUCCAGCGGGUCAUGAAACGUAACAGUUGCACGCAAACGGCCACCACGGGCGUGGCCAGUGCUUACUCGAAGACCGGCGGCGAGAUCGUGUCAGCCGGCAGAACGACGCGGAGAUCCGCGACGAAGCACGUGACCGUCGGUGUGCAGACGCUACCACCAUCUCGGGAAGCGUCCUCGACGCCGCUGACGGACGCCGAGUCGGACGCGUACGACGCGAAACACGCGAACCCUCAGAAGUCGUGCGCGAGUUACCAAAACGGCGCCAAAUGCAGAGAUCAGUCGUGCCAGACGCACGCCGGCCCGGUCGUGCGGCGCACGUGCGCGCGAUGUAAACAGAGCCCGUCCGAGACGGCCGCGUUGCUGGUCAGGUCGCGUAAGGGCUACCAGGAAGACGCGCCGCCGGCCGUUUCGCAGCAGACGCAGACGAAUUACGCGAGCGACAACAGCGCGACGGAGCCCGCGCACCGUCACGCGUCGCAAAGCGGCAACGUCCAGACGAAACAGAAGGAGGCUAAGAAUCAGAUCAACGCGUCAAAAUCAAAAUGUAGCUGCGCACACGGCGCUUGUCCGUCCGUCACCGAGAACAAGGCCGGCUCGAGCGCCGUCAAAGUCAAACGGACUGAGUAUUACAAACGACCGUUCACCACGUGUCCGUUGUGCUUUAAACAGAAGCCCGCUGUAGAUGUCAACGGUGCCGUCUGCGCCGUAUGCCAGAAGAAUCCCUCCUGCACGCACGACAAAGUCUCGGGACAGGUCGAACAGAACUGCGGGAACGCGUGCGAGUGUGACAACGUCUCUGCUGACGACGCGGACAGAAGGAUCGUCGUUGGUAAAUCUCGACAAAGCUACAACGCUGAAAGCCAGGGCCGAAUGCGCGCGCUGAACUACAGCGAACAGAGUGACACGGGAAAGAUUUGCGAUUGCGCGAACGAUUUUACCGCGUGCCAUAAUUCGGGAGCCGCAGAAACUUUGUGCGAAUGUUGUAAUAUCGACAAUAACGGCUCGUGCCGCUUCGAGUGUCGCCUGAAGAUUGAGGAGCGUCGACCGCAGACGCAGAUUUACUCCGACAGUUCGCAGGACAGCGACGUGGCUCGACAACGUAAAGUACAAAGUAGCUUAAAAUGCAAUUGUGAUGAGGCUUGCUCCUGUAGUAAUAAUCAAGCGAAGGACAUUGUCAGAGGGAAGGCGCGCAAGGGUCGCACGUCGAAGCCAAAUUACGUAGACGAUACCAGUAUUAAUGACACCGAGAGAAAUUACAAACAUUGCCGCGCGUGUGGUGCCAUGUAUCAGAAUGUCAGAAAGUGUGGCUGCCGUCAAACGUAUCCCAAAGCUGUCGCGUAUGAAUUAUCGUUUACGAAAGCAAACGCCUCGAAGAGUGAAAUCUCGGAUAUUCCGAAAAUCCCGAAGCAACCGUCGAACGCAGCAAAAUCUGACGGCUGUCCUUGCGACAUUAUAAAGAGAAAUAACUCCAACAAAAAUCUUCAUCAAACGAAUACAUUGCAGGAUUUUUUAUCUCGGAAUAAUCCUGAAUUUGUGGGCAAUGCGGAAACACGUAGGCAAUAUUUGUCGGAGAUAUGUCAAUUGCGAGAAUUGAGGAAGGAAAAGCGAAUACAAUUGUUGGCGAUGGCGAGUAUGUCCAACGUUAUUAAAUCCGCACCGAUACGAAAGCCAACAGUUUACAUGCAGCGAAAAAUUACCGACGAGGAGAUGAAGGAGAGAUCGCGUAAACGAUAUCUCCGGCUGAACGAAGUGCGAUUCAAACGGCGGCAACAGGAACGGCAAGAGGAAGCACGUCGGAAUAAGCUAAUGGCAACGAUCUUUUGCAAGAGAUUGCAGCAAAAAGUAUUGAGGGGCCAAGUAGAUUUAUCUCAAAGUGUUAGCGUUAUAUCGAAUUUGUAGAAUUAUUAGCGCCUACUUGUGUAGAGUGCUGUCCCGUUUUCGCAAAUACCCACAACAAGAGCUAUCUCACAGAUUUUAUUGAAAUUUUGUUACCAUAAUUCUCGCAGAAUUUAGAUAUUAAAAAAAUAAUACUUGUCAUGCAUAAGAUAUAAGAGUUUGGCGAUUUUUAUAAAAGAAUAUCGUUAAAAUUUAUUCCGAGAAACGUAAUUAAUAAAAAAU